GAAGGCUAUUUCUAUGCCAAUGGUUACUAUUUUGCUGGAACUGGCGAAGAGGGAUAUAUUGGACCACAACCUCGUCCGGAUGGUAAGACAAAUCACCUUGCUUUCAGUACAUUUGGAAAGGGCGCGUGGACAGAUCAUCCUAAUUGCGGAGGAGGUGCUGAUUCAAGCUCAUUUGGCGUGAGCUGUGCCAUUGACUGGCCCUGGGAAUACGGUAAAAACUACACCAAUGAAAUUUUACGCACUGCCCACAAUGAAACAGAUGGUAGCAACAAGUGGACCGGUUCCUUGAUUGACGAUGAGACUGGUGAGAGAAUAAUUAUUGGUGAAUACUGGACUCCACAAAAUUUUUCGUUGCUUGAUACAGGAGGGUAUACUUUUGAUGAGUGGUAUUUGUGGCAAUAUCCAUUUCCCAAUAAUGCCAAGUGCAUACCUUACUCC